GCCCGUCGCGCCACAUGACGUGCCCACCCCUACUUAAACCCUCAGCUCCCACUCCUGUCCCCAUCUCCUUCCUCCCUCUCCCUCCAUCAUGAAGUUCUCUACAAUUGGAUGGACAGGACUUGCCGUCGCCGCUGCAUCUCUCCUCCGCGGAGCCCGCGCUGAGGGCGCCCUCAACUUCUGUCUGGGCGUCAAGCACGCCGACGGCUCCUGCAAGUACACCGACGACUACCUUGCCGACUUCGAGGCCUUGGCUCCCUACUCGAGCGUCGUCCGUACCUACUCCACCAGCGACUGCAACACGCUCCAGUACCUGAUGCCCGCCCUGGCCCAGUCGUCUCACAACUUCCAGGCCAUCAUUGGCGUCUGGCCCACGGACGACAGCCAUUACGCUCUCGAGAAGUCUGCUCUGAUCCAGUACCUCCAGCAGUACGGCACCGACCACGUCAAGGGUGUCACCGUCGGUUCCGAGGUGCUGUACCGUGGUGAUCUCACUGCCUCUGAGCUUGCCAACCGCAUGAACGAGGUUCGUCAGCUCCUCAAGGACAACGGCUUCAACCUCCCCGUCGGUACCGCCGACAGCUGGAACUUGUGGGUUGACGGCGGCAGCGACCCCGUCAUCGACGCCAGUGACUUCUUCAUGUCCAACGCCUUCUCCUACUGGCAGGGCCAGGACACCUCCAACAUGACCAACUCCUUCCUCGACGACACCAUGCAAGCCAUGGGCCGCAUCCAGGCUCGCAAGGGCACGUCCGACAUCUCCUUCUACGUUGGUGAGACUGGCUGGCCCACCGGCGGUCCCUCCUACGGCUCUGCUGUGGCCAGCACGGAUGUUGCUGCCAAGUUCUACAAGGAGGCUCUCUGCGGCAUCCGUUCCUGGGGUGUUGACAUUUUCUACUUUGAGGCCUUUGACGAGCCCUGGAAGGGCACUGACAGCGGUGUCGAGCCUUACUUUGGCGCCAUGGACAGCAACCGCAACCUCAAGUUUGACCUGAGCUGUUAGGUGCAUGGUUUUCAGCGGAGGAAGAGCUCCCACAGCACCGGGAGCGGCAGCGGCAGAGGAAGCACUGGCUCUGGCAGUUCGGGCUCUGGCUCCGGCUCUGGCUCUGGCAGCUCUGGGACUGGGACUGGUCGCACCGGUUCCGGCUCGGGCGGCACCGGCCGCCCUGUCAACGCCCAUGGCUCCUCGGCUGCCGCUCUCCCCGCGCGGUCUCCUCUGAUGCUCGUUGUCCCCGUUGUCGUCGCCGUCCUCCUCGGUUGACCUUUUGUAUUUUCCUCUUUCUUGCAUUUAUAGACGGCCGCGGUUGCAUUCAGUGUGCCGCGGCAACCUCCCGUCCGCGGCCGUUCGGUCGGUCGCGGCGCCAUAGAAAGUCUUGGCCGAUUGAAUUGGCUGCGGCUCCAAUUUUGCAUUUCCAUAUUUAUGAACGCGGCGAGUCCGGCGCACUGAGCGCCAGCGAGCUGCUGUAAACUAUUUAACGCGUGUGAGUGAGGUUUAGCGGGAUAAAGAGUAGUUUGGUGUGCUGCGUUGUGGGAAAUAAGGCGGU